AUGCCUAAGCCAGUCAUCGUCAUCGUGCCCGGGGCAUGGCACCGACCCAAGCACUACCAAAAGCUCAUUGACGCACUGGAGAACGCGGGCUACGAGGCAGUCGGUGUAGCCAUGCCUUCUGUUGACUCCAGUCCCCCACACGCCAGCUGGGACCAGGAUGCCGCAGAAGUUCGCCGAGUGAUCAUGGGAUACCUCGAUGUGGGAAAAGACGUCAUUACGGUCGGGCAUUCGUUUGGCGGUGUCGCGAUGUCCGAGUCUGUCAAAGGUCUGGGCAAGGCCGACAGAGAGAAGCAGGGUCUCCAAGGGGCAGUGGUCCGACUGGUGUAUAUGUGUGCAAUGGCAUUGCCGAAAGGCCAGACCUUCUUAGGCCAAAUGGUGCCUGCCACUCCCGAAGAGGAGGAACUGGAAAAGCAAAAGAAGAGCUUUGAAUCGCAGCAUAAGACGAUGGAAACCACACCGGAUGGUGCGAUCCUUCUUGACAAAGACGUCGUGCGGGAGGUCUUCUAUAACCGUUGCGACCCUGAAGAGGUGCAGCAAGCAGUCGAUCUGUUGGGUUCAUUCCCUCCGGGUCCCAUGGCUGUGCCGGUCACCUAUUCACCCUUUCUUGAAUUCCCCUGCACAUACAUCAAGUGCAAGAAUGACCGUGCUUUGCCGGUCUCGGUUCAAGGACGGAUCAUUGCUCAGGCUGAGGGGGCAUUCGAUGUUGAAGAAUGUGAGGAAGGCCAUUCGCCUUUCAUGAGCAAUCCAGGUUUUAUUGUGGAGUGUCUGCGCCGUGCAGCAGGGGAUGUUUAA